AUGUUCAAAAAUGAUGAAUUUAAUGUCUACGAUGUCGGAGAAUCCAAUUGGCUAGAAUUUUGGAAAUUAACCAAUGAAGUCCUUAAUACAAACUAUCCAGAAACGUUGUUCAAUUAUUUCGAUGAAAGAAAACACCUUGUUCAGAUCUAUAAGAUAGUUGAAGUCAAUGGGGAGAUUAUUGCUGGUGUAAAGGCCUAUUCAAUAACAUCAUUAACUGAUACGCAACAUCAGAAAUCAAAGAUCAUACCAUUUGCGACAUACAUAGAAACAAUUGUAGUCGUUAAUAAAUACAGAGGUAAAGGAAUAGGAACUUAUCUGCUGAGGUUGAUCGAACAAGAAAGCCUUACCUGUUUUAUUAAGAAAAUAGCAUUGCAUACACCUAUAAAUAAUUCAAGAGUUAUAGAUUGGUAUUUGAAACAAGGUUUCUGUAUUCAAAAUAUCGUGGAGGAUUACUAUAGAGCAACAACAUUAGAUUCUAGAUAUUCUCAGGAUGCUUUUCUCUUCGAGAAAGAUAUUUAA